CAAAUUUUUAAGUAGACAGAGUUUUCUUGCUUUUUCGGCCUAGCUAUAUGCCAAGAGAUCAUUCCAUCAGACAACACUUUGAAGCAUCAAGUAUUUGAGGAACGGAUUCGAAUGUGUCGUAACAGUGACACGAAUUAUAAAGGCACAUAAUGCCAACCUCUGAUAUACAUAAUAAAUAUCGAGAAGUUAAAGAAAACUUUGAAAAUUACUUUAAUACAUUCGUCAGUCUGUUACAUCAUGACCAUCCUAAAAGUCUUCAAUUGGCAGAACAACAUUUCCAAAAUGUAACUUCGUAUAAUUUAUCUAGUGGCAAACGAAUUCGAGGAGUGUUAGUUGUCCUUUCGUAUAUGGUGUUCAGCAAUAAAAAUGAAAACUCUAGGAAAAACUUGUCGUGUGCAUAUCUUAUUGGUUGGUGUGUCGAAUUGUUACACGCAGGAUUCCUUGUUUUGGAUGAUAUAAUUGACAAUUCUACACUUAGACGGGGCCAACCGUGUUGGCAUUGUACUCAGAUAGAUUUAAACCGUGGGUUAAUUGGAGUUAAUGAUGGUUUACAUCUGAUUUUAUCAUCGAAAUACUUGAUCCACUCUUUAUUUGCUGAGAAUCAAAGUAAUGUUGAUUCAUAUUCAUGGAAGGACAAAAAUAACGUAUAUCUCAAAUUAUGCAAAUUGUUUGAUGAAAUUAGUUACAAAACGUGUUCUGGCCAAUGCUUGGAUGUACUAUCAGCAAAUCCUAAUAAUCAAUGUAUUUUGAACGGAAAACAGAAUAAUUUGGAGUUUGAUAGUUUUGCUCGAAACUACUCACCAGAUGUCUUUGAAGCUAUAACACACUGGAAGACGGGUUUUUAUACUUUUUAUCUACCUGUAGCGUGUGGAAUGAUUUUGGCUGAAGUUGAUGAUACAGAUGAUAUUUUCAAAAAUGUUCAAUACAUCCUCCUUAAAUUGGGUAACUACUUUCAAGCCCAGGAUGACUAUUUAGAUUGUUUUGGUGACAGUGAAAUUACUGGAAAAGUUGGGACUGAUAUAGCAGAAGGCAAAUGUACAUGGCUAAUUGUUGAAGCGUUAAAAUACCUUUCACCUGAACAAUAUAAAAUACUUAAAUCUUUCAUGAUGUUAAUGCCUGUACAUAAACAAAAAACAACUACCCAUCACUAAUUUUUGAAUGAAAAUGAUAAGAAUCUAUUCAUCACUCCGUUCAUCUUGGUAUUCGUAUACUUUUAUACUGGUACGAAUAUUGGAAAAGUUGUAAAUGUUGGAACCAGUUUUCCAAUCAUUACUUAUAUUUUUAUUGUUGCAUUUGUAUAUUCCCCUUAUUGUGAGCUCCCAGUAGACCUAGUAACCAUUGUUUUGAAUCCUCCCGUUUCUCAAUUAUUAUCAAUUAAUUAUGCAUUAUUAACCUUGCUCUCUGCCAUUUACGCCAUGAUUGUGUUUAAAAUAUAAUCUCUUAUUUUUUGUGCUGUAUGGUCAGGCAUUUCAAGUAUAUUAUUGAGUUUUGAGUGAUAAUUGAAUUGGGCACAAUAGAUAAUAAAUCUACUUCCUAUACGCGUCUCCUAAUUUGCUACUUGGUUAGAUGGAGCUCGACGGUCAAUAAGCAUUGAGGUCUUGGGUGUUGUUCAUUAGUCAGUGUGUCUUGGUAAUUAUUAAGUCACCGGUCCUAUUGGGAAUAUGGGUGAACUAAUCUGUAAUCGGAAUUUUAAUUGGGCAGUAUAACACAUAUUAUCGAUUUGCGUAUCGAUUCAUAAUAUAUGCCACCAGUUAUUCAGUUGUCAAGAUUUAGUCAAAUGCUUGGGUUUUGACGUAUACAAGUAGUAUUGUCAAAUAAUAGAUGAAAUGUUGGUGUUGUGUUGUGUUGUGUGAUGCGGUAGAUAAGUGUACGUUUAUCAUUGCUUAGACCAUUAUUUUUAUUUUAUUUUUUUAUUAAAUUUACAUGGCAGAACUGAAUUUAUUUUGUUUUACUGACUGUCAAAAUUGUGUAUUUAAUCAUCUUAUAUACAUGUUUCUAACUGUAGACAAAUUAUGGUAAACCGGAUCUUAAGUCGCAACAGACUGUUCGCAAUCUCUAUGGUGCGAUCAAAUUACCAGAGAAGUAUUAUUUGUACGAAGAACAAACUAAAUCAGAGAUUAUGAAUAACAUUCAGAAGUUUAUGUACCUUGAUCACUUUUCUUUUGAUCCUAGGGAUUUGUUUACAUUUCUUGUAGAAUUACUUUUUCAACGUGUUUGUUAAAGUGCCAUGAAAAUAUUUCAUAUUUUAUUCCCCAUACUGUUUCGUCAAUUUUCUUUACUUACGUCUUUUCUAUCUCAGUUCUCUUCUUCCAUUUCUUCUUAGUUCUACAAUUCCGUCUUUACUUUUAUCGUUAUGACAAUUUUAUUUAAAGAAUUCCCCUUCUUACAUAAUUAUGGUGCAUUUAAGUCUUCGUCAACAUAAUUUUGUCUAAAAUAUUUGUUUGUUUUCUUAAAAUACUGACUUUAACAGCUUAGUAUUAUAUAUAUUUAUAUUUCCGAAUUUAUUUAUGUAUUUGAACACGUAAAUAUUGCUACAAAAGGAUACUGAAUACAUAUGCGCCACACAA